GGUCAUCCAGAAAGAAUCAGCAGCGAUGACGACCGAGAAGUAUUCGGCAGCUUCCUUCCAGUCGGUCCUGGAGAAGGCCAACGAGCAGGCGACCAAGGCGGAGCAGCAUGACCGCGACAAGAAGCUGCCGCAAGCGUUUAUCAUGUACAAGCAGACCCUGCAGACAUACCUGACAGUCAUCGAGGACAUGUUGUUCCAGUGCAUCCGUUUUCAGGAGCGCAACGAGGACCUGUUGCGAAUCAUUACGCCGAAUGACAAAUACCGCAAGCCCACGCAUCCGCAACCCGACCGCUCGAAGCAGGACACGGACGUUAAUGACUUCGAGCCGACGUCGAAUAUGAACAGGCUCCCAGGAGUGCUAUCUAUAACCCCCGACAAGCCCGUCAAGUGGAGCGACGUCAUAGGCCACGAGACACCCAAAUUCAUAUUGAAGCUCGCCAUCCUGGACCGGUGCCCCAUCAAGCACCCUGUCAUGUUUACCGGCAAACGCAAAACGCUGAAAUCGAUUCUCCUAUUUGGCCCGACCGGUUGCGGAAAGAGCUACCUCACCAAGGCCAUGAUUGGCGCUGCGAAGGACUGGGUGUGCAUUGACGUGAACAUUUCCUCGCUGAUGAGAGACGCACCAGAGGGUGCAGAGGACCUCUACGUGAAGUCGCUCUUCAAGGCAGCCAGACUGGCCGCUUGGUGUCUCCUGGUUCUGCAAGACGUGCAGGAACUCUUUAAGCCAACCCAAAAACCCGAGGAAGAGCACAGGUACCAGAAGCUGCGUCAGAGCAUCGUCAACGAGGUGAAGUUCAUCAACGACAACAUGACAGCUGAGGUGACUCUGUGCGUCGCCACCACUAAUGCACCGAAGUUGAUCGACUCGUUUUUCGCCACAGCCUUUCAGAAGCGCAUCUUCAUCCCGCUACCCAGACCCGAAGAGCGCAUGCGCAUCUUGAAGCAGCACAUUGGCAAGUCCCCGAACACCAUCACUGACGAUAAGUGGAUCGAGUUAGCAGACAAGACGUCGGGCUACAGCGGAGAAGACAUUCUGGCGAUCGUCAUGCGCACCUUCAAGGACACCGGCGAUCUUACCUUCGAAGAGCUGUCCGCCGCCAUGGACCAGUACAAACCACGAAACACGUCUGAUGACAUCCAGGACUGCCUCAAGUUUAAGGAGGAAAAUGCAAGCACUGCCGUGUAAAAAUGGUAUUGGCCCCGCACGAUUCCUACAUAUUCGUGUAUGAACCGAAAAAAAAAAUUAUCCGGUGAGGCUAGCGUGUCAUAUCAGUCGGCGAUGAUCAAAAAUAAAGAGCUUC